ACGAAGACAGCAACAUCAACGACGUACACCACCCACGACGAUCACACCAAUCAUCACGUACAUCCCAAUCGUGUUUUAGUGUUUUACUCAACUGAUCCAGUCCAUAUCAUCUUGUCAACCAAACUUUUGUGGGAAUCAUAGACCAUAUUAGAUUAACUACUAGCCAACUGAUACAAAUCCAUCAAGACAAGGAGGAAUCAUAUCGUCGUUUUGCUAUAUCGAUCAUUACACCUACUCCUCCAUCCACUCAAGACAUCUAUCUCACGUUUAUCUAUUCAGUUGUUGAUUGAUUAAUCACGUAUAAUUCUAAAAAAAGAGUCCGUUUUCCUUGCUUAAUUAAAGUGAUUUUUAUAUUAUUUUAUUUUAUUUAUUUGUUAAUUUCAUUUAUUUAUAUCCCUUCAUCGAUCAUUACCUCAUCGUAUCAAGACAAUCAUAUAUCAUCAUACCCCCUCUCCUAUCCAUAAUGAAUAUUCUUGAAGUUUUAGAACAUGCUUUGUUCAAUCGUGAUCCUAAUAAAAGAACAGAAGCAGAAUUACAAUUAAAUGAAGCUGCCAAUAACUAUUUCGAAGACUUUGUCACCCUUUUAAUCGAUGCUUUAAUCAAUGAAGAGGCUAAAACUGAAGUUAGAAUGUUAGCUGGUCUUUUUUUAAAGAAUCAAUUAACUUCUAAAGAUACCAAAACAAAAUUAGCUCAACAAGCUCGUUGGAUUAAUUUAUCAGUUGAUUAUAAAUCAGGGAUUAAAUCAAAAGCCAUUCAAGCUUUAGAAACUGAAGAUGAAAAAGUAGCAUCAUCAGCUGCUCAAUUAGUAGCUGCUAUUGCUGAUAUUGAAUUACCUAGAAAUGAAUGGUCAGAAUUAAUUCCAACUAUAAUAAACAAUACUAAAGCUGAAAAUAAAACUAAUGUUAAAAAGGCAAGUCAUUUGGCUAUUGGUUAUAUUUGUGAAAGUGCUGAUCCUCUUAAUCCUGCUAUCAUUGCUCAAGCAAGUGGGAUUUUAAUUGCUAUUGUUCAAGGGGUUCAAAGUUCAGAACCUAAAGUGGUUAGAUUAACUGCUUUAAAUGCUUUAGUUAAUUCUUUAGCUUUUAUUAAAAAUAAUUUUGAAAAUGAAGGUGAAAGAAAUUAUAUUAUGCAAGUGGUUUGUGAAGCUACUCAAGCUGAUGAUCCCGAAUUACAAGCAAGUGCUUUUGGUUGUCUUUCAAGAAUAAUGGCAACUUAUUAUCGAUAUAUGUCUCUUUAUAUGGAAAAAGCUUUAUAUGGCUUGACUGUAUCAGGUAUGCAAAGUAAUGAUGAAAGAGUAGCAUGUAUGGCGGUUGAAUUUUGGUCAACUGUUUGUGAAGAUGAAAUUGAAUCAGCAAUGGCAAGACAGGAUGCUGGUCUUGAUUCAGUUGAAGCCGCAAAUUCAGCUGAUUUAAUUACUUUUAAUUUUGCUUUGGUUGCUCUUCAAGAUGUUUUACCAACUUUAUUAACCUUAUUAACUAGACAACAUGAAGAUCCAGAAGAUGAUGAUUGGUCAGUAGCUAUGGCUGCUGGUUCUUGUUUAGCCUUAUUUGCUAAUAAUGUUCAAAAUUAUGUUACUGAUCCAACUUUACAAUUUGUAUCGGCCAAUAUUGGUUCUGAAAAUUGGAGAGAAAGAGAAGCUGCUGUUAUGGCUUUUGGUUCUAUUUUAGAUGGCCCAGAACAUGAUCAAUUAAGAACGGUUGUAGCUCAAGCUUUAGAACCUAUCUUAUUAUUAAUUGGUGAUUCAUCCUUACAAGUUAAAGAAACUGUGGCUUGGUGUUUAGGUAGAAUUACUGAUUUAUUAAUUGAUUCAAUUGAUGUUAAUACUCAAUUACCUACACUUUUAGAAGCAUUAGUUAGUGGAUUACAAGAUCAUCCAAAAGUUUCAACUAAUUGUUGUUGGACUUUAAUUAAUAUUUGGGAACAAUUAUGUGUUGAUUCUGAUAAAAGUGCAACUAGUUUUAUGUCUCAAUAUUAUCCAAAUAUUGUUCCAAUAUUAAUGCAAUUAACUAAUAGAGAAGAUAAUGAAUUUAGUUCAAGAACUUCAGCUUUUGAAACUCUUUCAACUAUUGUUUCUUAUAGUGCCAAUGAUACUAUUCCUAUUGUUCAAAGUAUUGCUAAUGAUGCUUUAACCAGACUUGAAGCUACUAUAUCUAUGCAAUCACAAAUUUCUUCUAAUGAAGAUAGAGGUAAUCUUGAAGAAUUACAAAGUAAUAUCUUAAACUUAUUAACUAAAAUAAUAGGUAGAUUAGGUCAAGAUGUUACUUCUGUUUCUGAUAGUUUAUUAUCAAUGUUUUUAAAAUUAUUAGCUGCUCAAGAAGCAAAUUCAUUAAUUGAAGAAGAUAUUUUAUUUGCUAUUGCUACUGUGGCAGGAUCAAUUGGAGGUGAAUUUGUUAAAUAUAUGGAUGCAUUUUUACCAUAUUUAAGUAAAGCUUUACAAAAUACUGAUUCAACUAUUUGUAAUGCUGCUAUUGGUAUUGUGGCAGAUUUAGCUCAAUCAUUAGGAGUUCAAAUUGUACCAUAUUUAGAAGGAUUAAUGACUAUUUUAGGAUCUAAUUUAAAUAAUGCUGAAGUUAGAAAAGAAUUACGUCCAUUAAUCUUAUCAUGUUUUGGAGAUGUUGCUGCUGCUAUUGGAAAUAAUUUCAAUGUUUAUACCAGUUUAGUUAUUCAAAUUUGUGAAUUAGCUUCUCAACUUGAACCUGAAAAUGGAUCAAUUGAAGCUUUAGAAUAUGUGGUUAGUGUUAAAGAAGCAGUAUUGGAUUGUUAUGUUGGUAUAGUUGGAGGGUUAAAUGGUGAACCUCAAUUCAUAUAUCCUCAUAUUGGAUCUAUAUUUUCCUUUAUUCAAAGAAUUAGUGUUGAUUAUACUUUAUUAACCAUUGAAUCAGUUUGUCGAUCAGCUACUGGAUUAUUAGGUGAUAUUGCUGCUAUGUUUCCAAAUGGUGAAUUCAAAGAUGUUUAUACUCAACCUUGGGUGACUGAUCUUAUUAAAAAGACCAGAUCUAAUCCUAAUUUUGAUCAUAAAACCAAGGAAGCAGCCAGAUGGGCUAGAGAUCAACAAAAGAGACAAAUCUCUCUUCAAGGUUAAUCACACUAUAUCAAUUUCCAUGAUCAACUUCAUCUCCAUACAUACAAAUCAGCAUCUUUUCUCUUCUCUUCUCUCUGUUUUUUUUUUGUUUUUCAUAUCUUAUUAUAUUUCAUUCUCUCACACAUAUUUUUAUUUAUUUAUUAUUAUUAGUUUGAUUUUCCACUUUUAUUCCAUGGUUGUUGUUUGAUAUUUUUUAGUAUUGGAAUUCCACUUUCCUCUAACUCCCUUAACUCUAAUUUUUAAUACUCUAAGUCAUUUCCCUCCCCCCACCCUUCAUCAUUUCAUCUCUUAUAUAUAACUCUCAUAUAUACUAUAUCUGUAUAUACAUUAC